CUAAUAAAUCAUCCCAUCUUCAGUUUGGACUGCACCUUCCCAGCUGCAACAAACAAAAUUGCAAAUCGGAUAACCCCGAAUGAAGCUUCUAGAACACACAUAUCUCUUGGACUGCCAGUGAUCUUUCGGAACCGUUUCGUUCACUCCCCAUUACUAGUACUUCUCAUUAUCUACACUUCUCACCAACACAUCUCUCAUAACAUUCCAUCAGCAAGAUGGGAGAGAAGUCGAAGAAAAAGGCCUUGGAGCCCAAGAAUGAUGCCGCUGCUCUUGAAGGCGCCGCAGAUACAAGCAUGAAGGAAAAGAUAAAGAAGUCCAAUGCCGACCAGUCAACUUUGCCAGAGUCAGAGACCGUUGAGGUCCCCAGACCCAAGGAGGAGCACAAAGAUGACGACAAGAAGUCCAAAAAGGAGAAGAAGAAGCAUGGCAAACGCAAACGGGAGGCUACUGAUUUGCCUGCCGAGACUGAGACCACGUCUGAGGUGAAGGGUGUGACGGAGGCGGAACAAGCCGAGCCUCCGAAGAAAAAGAAGAAGGCCGGCAGCCCUGACGCCGAUGACAAGGCGGAGAAAAAGAAGAGGAAGAAGGAUAAGGACAAGAAAAAGACCAAGGAUCAAGCCAGCGGGAAGGAAACACAGGUCUCAGGAGGCAAGGAUGAGCAGGACAUCGCUAAGACCGACCAGACGGACAAUAGAGGAAAGUACGACGACAAGGUGAAGAAGGAAACGGAGUCCAAGGAAGUCGACAUGGCCGAGGCUACCGAUGCUCCACCGAGCGAAGUCAAGGAGGAGAGGCCUUGGCAGAAGGCUAGGAGAGAGAAGAGAGAGAGGAAGAAGGCUGAAAAAGCGGAGAAGAAGCUCAAGCGCAAGGGCAAGAAUGGGAAUGCAGAGAGGGAAGUAGACGAGGAGGAGCGGAGGAUGAGGGAGGAGAAAAAGAGGAGAAAGGAAGCAAAGUACGGGCCGAGAGGGAAGGGGAAGAAGGGGAAGAAAAGCAAGGCGUCAGGCGGAUCUGAAGACGUCCCCAAGCAGGAUGCUCCUGCUCCUGCCUCAACCUCAGCUCCAAGCGCAGCUCCUGAUGCGAACCUUUCUGAGCGAUGGAACGUGCAGCAACUGGACGGCGGCGCCAAACGUCAAGACAAGUUCAUGCGGCUCCUUGGCGGAAAGAAGCAGGGCACCACCAAUGCCACGGCUGGCACCGGCCAAGCGAAGGAUGGCGCCCGCAAACGACUCGACAUCGGACAGGUCUCACAGGAGCUCGAGAAGCAGUUCAACGCUGGGGUUCAGAUGAAAUUUGGGACCGGCGGCCAGCGCCGGGGUCUGGGCGCCUGAUGGAACAUCGCCGAUACGCCGUUUUGAUGUUGCUAAUAAACUGCUGAAACUACCUGACAGUAUCAACUCCGAAAUGUCACGGCCAAAUAAAACCUUGCCACUGCUGAUUUGCAGGCUCUCAGCGCAGACGGUAAUGCUGGCAAAACAAUCCAUACCCCGAUGGCCCCCACAAG